AGCCAAUCAGCAGCCCCGCGGCUCCAGUUAGGAAGUCUCCACCCACCCGCCAAGACUCGGAGUCUCCCCAGACCCAACACCUCAGGUCAUGAGGCCCCCAACCCCCCUGCUGCUGCUCUCGGGGGCCCUGGCCCUGACAGAGACCUGGGCAGGCUCCCACUCCCUGAGGUAUUUCUCCACCGCGAUGUCCCGGCCCGGCCUCGGGGAGCCCCGCUUCAUCGCCGUGGGCUACGUGGACGACACGCAGUUCAUGCGGUUCGACGGCGACUCCCCGGGCCAGAGUGUGGAGCCGCGGGCGCCCUGGGCUGGGCGGGAGGAGCAGGAGUACUGGGCGCGGCAGACGAGGAAGGCGAGGGCCACCGCACUCACGUUCCGCCUGAACCUGCGCGUCCUGCGCGGCUACUACAACCAGAGCGCGGCCGGCUCUCACACCCUCCAGGGGAUGUCUGGCUGCGACGUGGGGCCCGACGGGCGCCUCCUCCGCGGGUACGAUCAGUAUGCUUAUGACGGCGCCGAUUACCUGGCCCUGAACUGGGACCUGCGCUCCUGGACCGCGGCGGACACGGCCGCGCAGAUCACCCGGCGCAAGUGGGAGGCCGAGGGAGCGGCGGAGCGCCAGAGGAACUACCUGGAGGGCAGGUGCGUGGAGUCCCUGCUCGGAUACCUGGAGCACGGGAAGGAGACUCUGCAGCGCGUAGAGGCCCCAAAGAUACACAUGACCCACCACCCCACCUCUGAGCAUGAAGUCACCCUGAGGUGCUGGGCCCUGGGCUUCUACCCUGCGGACAUCACCCUGACCUGGCAGCGAGAUGGGGAGGACCUGACCCAGGAUACCGAGCUGGUGGAGACCAGGCCUGGGGGAGAUGGAAGCUUCCAGAAGUGGGCAGCGUUGGUGGUGCCUUCUGGAGCGGAGCAGAGAUACACAUGCCAUGUGCAGCAUGAGGGGCUACAGGAUCCCCGAGUCCUGACUUGGGUGCCCCCUCCUCAGUCCUCCAUCCCCACCGCGGGCAUCAUUGCUGGCCUGGUUCUCCUUGGAGCUGUGCUCACUGGAGCUGCGGUGGCUGCAGCUGUGAUGUGGAGGUAGAAGCACUCAGGAGGACAAGGAGGAAACUACACUCAGGCUGCAGGCAGUGACCGUUCCCAGGGCUCUGGUGUGUCUCUCAGCCCCUAAAGUGUGAGCCAGCUGCCUUGUGGGGGUUGAGUGAUGCAGGAUUUCUUCUCACCCCCACUUUGUAACUUCAAGAUCUACUGGUUUCUUUUGCUGCAAAAGGCAUCGGAAUGUGUCUCUGUUCUUAUGAGAUAACUGUGAGGAGGUGGGGAGACUGGCCCAGCCCUGCCCACCAGGCCCCUCUCCACACUGACCUGUGUCUCUCCUUGAUGACUUUCCUGCUCCAGCAGAAGCUACUUAGUUUGUGUCUACCUGUCUUUGUGUUUUCCUCAAGAACAGUAACUAUUUCCCUCUUGAAAUAGUAAUUGAGUUCUGAAAUUAUUUUUGUAAGCUUGCCUGAUGGGUUUGGGGGGAUAAUAAAAAUGAUUUCUGAUAUUUGAGAUGAAAUAAAUGGGAAACCUUCCAGAAUCACGUGUUUGCUGUGCUGAG